AUGCCCAGAGUAUAUAUUUCUGAUCCCAGAAGGAAACAGUACAGGAAAAGGAAUGAUUGUGAUUUAAAUACUGCUGCUGACGAAGUUAAAAAUGGAAUUUCUCUAAGGAAAGCUGCUGAAAACCAUAAUGUAAGUUACUCAACACUCCAAAAAUGGGUUAAAACUGAUGGAAAAAGGAAAAAAAUUGGAGGUCAAACUGUUUUAGAUGAAGACAUGGAAAAAAUGAUUGUUGAAAGAUUAGUGAAAUGUGCUGAAUGGGGUUAUUCCAUUUACACUAUGGACCUACGAAUGAAAGUAUAA